GGAGGGAGAAGAUGGAAUAGAGGCCUUAAAAUUAAUCCACUCUGAGCAAGAAAGAGGUGCCCUAUCCACCGAAAAACAUAAUUGUAUUUUGCAAACUCUAAGCUCUCCUGAUUCAAAAAAGGAAUCCUCCACUAACUCACCAACAAGAGAGCUCUAUAAUCACAGUGACAUUCUGAAAGAAGACCUUGAAGCCUGUGGAACAGCUGUCCUUCACCAGCCUCCGAGACUCUUACCUGGAGGUGGCAGCCAUGAAAAGCAAGUCAGAUCUGAACAAGCGUCAGCCUCAGGCUUGUUGAGGGCACAGUUGGGUCAGCACAUGGCCACCUUGAAAGAACGUGAUAAUUCUAUCACAGAAGAGGUAGCUAAGAAGUCUGAAGUUUUCCUAGUCACAAACGUGGACCAGAGGACAGGGUUGGCUGUGAUAAAAUCUGUGCCCACCUCCCUGCCCAGGACACAUGAGGCGAUAUGGGCAGCAGCGUUAUUGAAAAAAGCCCCUACAGAAGAGUGUGACGAUAGUUCGGCCGUUCACAGUAAUGAAUCAUCUUGCAGCUUGCCAUCUAUUCUGAAUGACAGUAGUGGAAUAAAGGAAGCGAAACCCACUCUAUGGCUCAACAGUGUUCUUACAAGGGAACAAGACGUUUCAAGUGGCUGCGGAGACGAGAGCAAGGAAGAGAGCAUGGCAGCAAAGAUUCCAAUCACAGAAACAAAAGCCUACCAGUUGCUGAAGUGGUCUACCCUUCAGGAUAAUACAAAUCAAACUGAAGACAGGUUCCAAAAGGCAGAUGCUUCUGCAUCACAACUGUCAGGUGACUGCCAGUUAAGAAUCAGACUUGAAGCAGAAACAUCCAAGGCUGAAGUCACCCAGGGGGCAGAGGUCAAGGAUUGCCCUGCACGCUGAUAGCAUCAUGGGAACAGUCUGGUUCCCCUGG